AUGCGCAGCCGCGUGAGCAGUCCGACGUCAUGUCUGUUCACUCUCGCCUCUCUUGCGUCGCUAUCGCACGCCAUCACACUCACUCCCGUGCCCUCGCCGGAUCUCGAUCUCAGCCAAUUAGGACGCACUGGAAUCGCCGGUGAUUUCAGCGGCAUAUCACUUUACGAAUGGGUGGGACAGAAUGAGCAACCCUUCACUGCUAAUGGCUCUGAGACGCUCAUGACCCAGCUCCCCAACGGCCAGUUUAUCAGUAUCCUGGCCGCGGAUGCGUCCAUUCAAGCCAUGUGCACCUUUCAGGGAGCACUAAUUCUAGGUGGUAAUUUCACCAGUCUAGGAGGCGAUGCCUUCGCCGCCAUCGCUGCGCUUGAUCUCAACACCACGCAACCAAGUCCGCUCACAGGUCUGUCAGGCCAGGUAAACGCCCUACUUUGCGACGAGGACGCCAAGAUGGUCUACGUUGGAGGAAGUUUCCAGGCCGGGAACCUCUCUGCAAAUGCCAUCACUUGGGUUGGAAAUCAGGGAUGGACAAGCCUACCUUUCGCGGGCUUUAAUGGACCCGUUACAUCCAUCGUCAAGGCAGCAAACGGUCACAUCAUCUUCGGAGGAAGCUUUACCGGCCUAGGCAACACAAGCACGCCCAACGAACCCGAUGAGCAGGUCAUCAAUUUAUCGACGGCCGACAUCUCGGCAGAGCAGAGUUCGACGACGGCCGGAUUCAGUGACCCGAAGAAUAUCGUAUGCAAGACUAGCGGUGCUGACGGCUCCGGUAACACAUGGCUAUUGGAGGACAACACCGCUGGCUCCUGGCAGGCCAAAUUUAACUUCGGCUUCGAGCCUACCAAACUGCGACUAUACAACACCCACCAGGAUGGACGUGGCACGAAAACUUGGAGGUACACGGCGCUACCGAUCAACGGCAUCAUGAACUUCACCUACGUGGAUCCGGCAACGCAGCGGAAUAUGUCCUGCACGAGCGAGUGCCCGCUCAGUAGCAACUCCUCAAUUGAGUACCAGGACUUUUACUUCGUCAACCAGGUUGGUAUGAACGAAUUUAGACUCGACAUUUCGGCCUGGUACGGCAGUGGUGGUGGUUUGAAUGGAAUCGAGCUCUUCCAGGAUGAUAUAUACGCCUAUGCCGUUAGCGACUUCAACGAGCCUAACUGUGGCGGAGUAUCAUUCCCUUCGACCGCUACAUCGACAGGGCCAUGGACUGUGAGCCCUUCUGGACAGAGCAACUCUGAAUACCUGACGGCGCAGCUGAAUGGCACGGCGACAUCUGCCGCCGCUUCUGUUACAUUCUUCCCGGACAUUCGGGCAUCCGGUAAUUACAGCAUCAGCAUGUUCACUCCUGGAUGCAUUCAGGACGAUACCUGCUUGAGUCGUGGCCAAGUCAAUGUGACCUUCGUCACAACUGCCGAUGGUGAUCCGGGUGACAACAUAAAAAUUGUUUAUCAAACAAAUAACUUCGACAAAUACGACGUUCUCUUCGACAACAUCGAGAUUGAUGCCGCUUCCGAUUCAUUCCGCCCGAGAGUUAUCCUCACUCCGGCUAACGGCCAGACCCUAUUGAACCAAAAGGUUGUGGCCCAGCGAGUUGGUUUUGGUCUAGUUAAUUCUUCAGGUGGUCUGAACGGGCUCUUUGAAUACGAUCCAAGCAAAGCGACUGUGGACACUGCCGACUUCACGUCUUCUGCCUUUGACAAGCUAGGUUCAAGUUUCUCGACCAGAUCCGCUGUGGCCUCCCUUGUCGUCGAUGGAGACCUUACCUACAUUGGCGGCAACUUCUCUUCAAGCAGCGUAAAGAACAUCGUUGCUAUCAACACCGACCGCAACUCGACGGUGGAUCUCGAUGGUGGUUUGAAUGGUGCAGUGUGGUCAAUGCAUGCAUCGGAAGGACAGAUCUUCGUCGGCGGCCAAUUCAACAAUACACUCGAUGGGUCUGAUGCUGGUCUGAGCCAUGUGGCCGCUUAUGACACGGCAAGCAGCAAAUGGUCCGCGCUUGGUGCUGGAGUUGAUGGUCCCGUUACGAGGGUUGCGGCGAUGUUACUGAACAUCACCAACGGGUCCCCCGAAGAGGUGAUUACUUUGACUGGCUCUUUCAGAAAGGUGCGCGCUUUCGGCAGCAACGCCGAGAUCGCAGUCGACGGUUUCGCGGUCUGGGUCAAGUCCCAACGCACCUGGUUGCAAAACGUCAACGCCACCGUGCCCUCGAUUGAUGGCAUACUCACAACGUCCUUGUUCAAUGUCUCCGACGGUACUUCACUUUACGCCGGAUCUCUGACAUCUCAAGCAAUCAGCGCGAACGGAGUUGUUACGAUGGGCGAGACUCUCGGAACAUUCCCAGUCACUUUCAAGACGCAGAGCCAGAGCACGAACGGAACUACGGGCAGUGCUAGUAUCGCCAAGCGACAGUCCGUCAUCAACAGCACAGAGUCCGUGACUGGUGUCACCACGGGGGCCUUCUACGAGAGUGGAGACCGGAACAUAACAGUCCUUGCCGGGCACUUUUCCGCAAGUGCCACCAACGGCGCGGACAUCAGCAACUUGGUGCUGAUUGACGGCGCUAAAGACAACACCGUGACUGGUCUACCCUCGGGGGUAUCUGACGAGUCCAGAUUCUUUGCGCUGGCAAUCCAUGAUGACACCCUCUUUGCGGGUGGUGUCAUCAAUGGAUCCAUUAAUGGCAACUCCAUCAACGGACUUAUCUCCUACAAUCUGGCAGAUGCCACAUUCAAUACUCAGCCUCCAGCUUUGGCCGGCGGUAGAGGUGUGGUCUCCACAAUCGCCGUUCGACCCGACUCCGGAGACGUAUAUGUAGGUGGCUCUUUCAGAGCUGCCGGCUCGCUCGGUUGCCCAGGUGUCUGCGUGUUUUCCACCUCGACUAGCCAGUGGAACAGACCGGGUGUGUCCUUCGAAGGCGAUGUCAACUCGAUGAUAUGGCCCUCCAGCUCGACUAUGAUUGCCGGCGGUGAUCUGAAGGUGAACAACACCCCGACGUAUCUCGCAUCCUACGAUCCCUCCAGCUCUACCUGGUCAAGUUUUGCAUCCGCCUCCGCUCUCCCCGGACCCGUGGAUGCGGUCACGGUAGCAAACAGUGAAGGCAGUCAACUAUGGGCAGCAGGCACUGAAGCUACAAGCUCCUCGGUCUACCUGAUGAAGUACGACGGUUCAUCAUGGCGAUCCGCGGGCAUCAGCCUCGACCAGGAAACCGUAAUCAGCAGUCUCCAGGUCUUUACCGUCACAUCCUCGCACGAUUCUAGUGAUCUAGUAGCAGCCAACCAGGUCUUGAUGAUCACUGGCUCCUUGGUCAUCCCUGGGUUCGGAACGGCAUCGAGCGCCUUGUUCAACGGCACCACUCUCCAGCCGUAUGCUCUCACUGGAAACUCCCUCAACUCUGCAGGCUCCAUUGCGAAGAUUUUUGUACAGAACCAGAACUUCUUCACCUCUGCUGGUGGGGGCGGCCUUGCUUUAGGAUUUGUCGUUCUGAUUGCACUGGCCAUCUCGUUGGGUCUGAUGCUCCUCAUUGUAGUUGCCGGUCUUCUCCUAGACCGAUACAGGAAGAAGCGUGACGGGUAUAUUCCAGCACCGACUUCUAUGUACGACCGUGGCACCGGAAUGAGACGCAUCCCGCCGCACGAGCUUCUCGAUUCCUUGGGCAAAGGGCGCGCGGGGGCUCCCCAUAUAUGA